AUGGAAAUGCAGCCGCUGAACACCCGGGCUCCGCCCGCAGACACCAGUGACACACAUAAGUCGAUGACGGAGAUCUCGAACAUUGAAGCCAGCCCGAGGAAGUACCAAGAUGACGCCUCCACAUUGAGACGUCUCUUUUCGUCAACACAACUCCUCACGUUCGCGCUCUGUUUUAUGUCAAGCUGGGAAGUUGUAGCUCUGAAUCUAGGCGCAAGUUUCUAUAACGGAGGACCUCAAGCCCUCGCCUGGGGAAUGCUGCUCGUCGUCGCUGGAGCUAUUGCUCUGGCCGCGUCGAUGGCCGAGCUUGCCUCUAUCCAGCCCAUUGCUGGAGCUCAGUAUCACUGGACGAAGUUCCUUGUGGCAUCGUCUUCGUCAACGGAAAAUGAACGCCAGCGUGCAAGACUGCUUACCUGGAUGCAGGGAUGGGUUACGUGGUUCGCCUGGGUCUCUUCUCUGGCUGGUUCAACAUCCUCCAUGGCGAAUAUUCUCUUUGGUCUCGUCACCGUCAAUCAUCCGGAAUAUGUCUACAAGCCAUGGCACUUGACUUUGCUCAUAAUAGCACAGCUGUUCGUGGUUGGAAUCAUAAAUAUCUUUGCUUUUCGGUCGGUGCCAUGGCUCGAGACUGUCGGCGGUGCUCUCCACGUUAUAAUAUGGAUUAUCUUUAUCGUCGUCUUCGCCCUCCGUGGAGGCAGGAGUGACGCAAGCUUCGUAUUCUUCGAGAGAAACUCUACGUCUGGUUGGACAAAUGGAGUCGUCUCUUGGAAUUUGGGCCUUCUUGUCACAUCUUGGGGCUUUGUUGGUUUUGAUGGUGUUGUCCACAUGAGUGAGGAGGUACGCCAGGCAAAGCAUGCGGUGCCGAGGGCAAUGAUCUGGACUAUCAUCUUGAAUGGCAUACAAGCUUAUGGCAUCAUGCUGGUUCUUCUCUUUGCCAUGGGUGACAACGCCGCGGAGAUCCUCAACUCCCCCUACCCUAUAAUCCCGCUAUGUUUUGGUGCGGUCGGGCAACGAGUCGGCACAGCUAUGGUCGUCAGCCUUCUGGUCAUUACUUUCUGUGUGGUGACGGGCUCUCUGGCCUCUGUGUCCCGGAUUACAUGGGCUUGGGCUAGAGAUCGUGGCCUGCCAGCGUGGUUCGCAAAGAUCCACCCGGUUCACCGAGUCCCUGUCCGCUCAACGUUGCUACCGAUCGCCAUAGUCAGUUGCCUCGCACUCUUCACAGUGGGAAACACAGCGACAUCAACCAUCUUCUCUGCAUUCACAUCCCUAAGUAUGCUCGGUCUGUACAGCUCGUACAUCAUUGCAAUCGGCUGUAUGGUUCAUGCACGACUGCUCGGAAGAAUUGGAAAGGGACCAGAGUACCCUGUCCAACUCGGCGACUGGACUUUACCACCUGGAGUUGGCUUGCCCCUCAACAUAUACGCUCUGGCGUGGUCCAUCUAUGUUACAAUCUGGCUGCCCUUCCCAACGACAAUAUCUGUUACUGAAGCCAACAUGAAUUAUUCGGGACCAAUCUAUCUUGCGGUGAUCCUGGGGUCUACUGUGUAUUGGAUUCUGUGGGGCAAGGCAAAUUGGCCUGGCUUGAACAGCGAAGCUAUUGAAAUGGUGGAGGCAAACGAUUGA